CAUUCCCCUAUGAUCCAGUUUUCACCACUCCACAAAAAAAAAAAAAAAAAAUCACUUUCUUCCAAAUUCUCUGGAAACUCUGUAACAAUGGCUGCCACAAGAACCGGAGCAUUGAAUAUGGGCAUCGUGUUUCUUACCAUGCAGCUUCUAUGGCCUGGUGGCUCCAGGGCUCAGUCGCCAGACUGCUCGACCGCGCUCACCACCUUGACCCCCUGCCUCCCAUAUAUCACCGACAAAUCCUCCACCCCCGAGGAGAAUUGCUGCACCAAGCUGAAAGAUGUUGUCAGCUCAUCGCCGCUAUGCUUGUGCCAGGUCGUCGAUGGCUCGUUUGGCGUCUCUGGUAUCAACCGGACACGAGCUAUGGAGCUGCCUGCUGCUUGUAAUCUGCAAACUCCACCUGCGAGCAGAUGCAAUGCUACUUCCCCUUCGGGAAGCCCCCUAACAGCCACUCCCAGUUCUCCAGAAGUAUCAGGGAGUGUGCCCGCAACUGCUAGCUCAGAUGGGAGCUCAAUCAAGGCGUCAUCGUCUUUGCUGCUCCUCUUCUUCUUCAUCAUUACAGCAUCAUAUUGCUCUUCUGCUUCCAUGAUAUACUAAUGGUCUCCCUGAUCAGACAGCUUUCAGCCAUUACAUGUAUUACCAUAUAACACUAGCCAUCAACUAGAUUCAAUUUUCUCCAAUAUCUCAAACUAAUAACAUUCAUUGAUGACCAUAUAUUUUAUGUGUUCAAUUCAUGCAAAUGGUAACAGAAAUUGAUCAUGACGAUACAGAGUUUUUUUUGUCACGUCAAACAUGCAUGCCAUAGGUCAUGGUGUGAAUUAUCAUUGCACUAACAUGAAAUAUGCAUAUACCAUCGGUCAUGGUGUGAAUUAUGAAUUACAUUAACAUAAAUUGAACAUGAAAUAUGCAUGCCGUUCGUCAUGGUGUGAAUGAUCAACAAGUUAACAUAAUGUUAGGAAUGAACGACAAUGAUUGUUCCCAAACGUUUACUCAUCCAAUUCCGUCACUUUCACUCCAUUGAUUCUCAACCCUGUAAGCAUGUCGAGCAUACAUACAAACGGCAAGCCGUCACCAGAGUACUUCAUCGGAGUCAAAUCGAUCAAGAUCAAUGGCAAAGCAAUUCUAUUGAAUAAAAGCUAUGUUAUCCCUAAACAAAAAUGGUCAUGGACGGACUAAAAUUAACACAAGUUAUUACCCAUACACAGCUCUGCACACUUCAAUAUACAAUUCCUUGGUCAAGGAGUUCACGAAAUGGAUAUGAUCACAGGGCAUGAAAAGGGUCGGAGCCGUGGUACCGUUUGAGCCUUGAGGCAUGAUUUAACUCCACGGGCAUUUUCAGCACCCGGGUCGAGGCAAGUGUCCCUGUGAUCACCCUUGCAUUGAAGGACAGUAAGCUUUUUGGAGCAUGUUUGGAUCGAACUCGACGGUUAAAGCGAAGAAGAGUGUACCAGUUGGAGAAUGUCCUGUUGCAGUUUAAUGUUGCUGGGAAAAGGUUAGGGUCCGAUCCUACACUUUUGGGUGAUCGCACUAGUUGUGCCCACUUCUUCAACUUUACCUCCAAAGCGUAGUGACUAAAGGGUACUAUAUGUUAUCCCCGCGCCAUGGCUUGAUAGACAUCCACCGCAUCUCCAGUUAAAGGGAUAAAUAAGAAUCAAAUAACAGAUAUGCAUAGCUUGAUGAGCAUGGUCAAUCUUUUCUAUAAAUUUAGAGGAUUGUAUUAUGUUUUGCUGGAUUUGUACAGGCAGAGCCACGGGUUGGGAGCAGGGGAUGCCAUUCUCGGAAAUCCCCUGUUUUUUAGUCUUAUUAGUUACGGACAAAUUCUUAACUCUAUAGACACAGCCAGCCAGCCACAAUGGUGUCGUGUGGCCUAUCAGGCUGCCAUUGCCAUACCUCAACUUGCAAACCGAUCCAGCAACCCUAUGCAGGAAUGAUUUGAUUCUCUCUGACCCUUCCGCAUUAAACAUGAUUCCCCAUGUUUCCAGCUUGUUGACCACAUGAUCCCAAGUCUCAAUAACCAAAGUGGUUGUUAACGGGAAUAAAACAUGUGGAAAAAGUAGUAAUGCAUAUUGUUUAGUAUCAACUUGGUAUAUCUUAAUGGUUGAGAUGUGUGCCUACAAGCUGGCAUCUCCAUGGAAACCCCAAUAUAAAUACACACUAGUUCGGAAAGCCCGCGCUGCGCGGCGGGUUGCAAAAUUAACAUCUUGCGAUCUGAAUAAAUAACCAAUAACAAUUUGGAGAGAAUUCAGUAUAGCAUCUGACUGUGGAAGGGCAAAAUGCACUAAUAAAUGGAACAGAAGGGCUGUUUUUAACCUGCUUAUAAAGUAAUAACUAAAAUACUCAUAUCCUAUACAUACAGGAAGCAUCCACUCGUAGCAAGACCCAACUAAAUUCACAACCCAAGAAAAUUAUCCCAAGAAUUGAAAAAAUAAAAAGAUUUACAUCAGUAUUUAACACAGACCCAAAAUGUACAAUUAUCAUGUGAAGGAAAUUUUAUCAGUAAGGCAUUGAAAGAAGACCAUAUAGAUAGCAUGCAAUGAAGAACAUUUGAAAGA